AGGCAUCUUACGUGGGGGCAUCUGCACAUUUUAUCUUCACAAUUCUUUGAGCUAGAUUGGGUAAGAGAGGCUGACUGUCCCCAAAGUCAACCAGUGAAUUACCUUUGUGUGGAACCAUGAACCUGGCUCUGUCCAGUCCAGCUCCAAGACCUUAACCACACACUACACUAGCUGUCUGUAGCAGUUCAUACAAAUACUUCCCGCAACUUCCUACAAACCACUGGGUUUAAAGAGAAUAGAGGAGCAAUGCAGUGGUGUGAAAGAUAGUGCUCAGAAAGAUUCGCGGCGGAAAUGGUUGACAGCAGCUUUCCUUCUCUCAUCUGCCAUGCUGGGUUACCUUUUAAGUGGAAGCUACUUGCUCAGUGAAGAUGGAGUUACAGACGUGUUGGCCUAUCGUGGUGAAAGCAUCCCAGACAAAUUCAUUGAGGUACCCUGCUCAGAGGAUUAUGACCGCUAUAAACGGUUUGAAGGCUGUACCCCUCGGAAGUGUGGAAGAGGGAUAACAGAUGCCAUAAUUAACGAGGAAGAAGCUGAGAGAAUCCGUAGAAUAGCAGAGAGGGGACUAUCCCUGGGAGGAUCGGAUGGAGGGGCUUCAAUUCUAGAUUUGCACUCUGGAGCCCUUUCUUUGGGGAAGCAUUUUGUUAAUAUAUACAGCUACUUUAAUGAUAAAAUCCAUGACACCUUCACAGAAGAGGAUUUUCAGUUAUACCGUGACGUGAGGCAGAGAAUCCAACAAAAAGUAGCUCUUGCUUUUGGUAUCAGCUCAUCUUCCAUGUAUUUGACAAAACCAACUUUCUUCUCUAGAAUAAAUAACUCAGAAGCAAAGACAACCCAUGAUGAAUAUUGGCAUCCUCAUAUUGACAAGGUGACCUAUGGCUCCUUUGAUUACACAUCACUGCUUUACCUCUCAGACUAUUCAGAAGACUUUGGUGGUGGACGGUUUGUCUUUAUGGAUGAAGGUGCAAAUAGGACUGUAGAACCUCGAGCAGGCCGGGUUUCCUUUUUCACAUCUGGCUCGGAGAACCUCCACCAUGUUGAAAAGGUCCACUGGGGCACUCGCUAUGCCAUCACCAUUUCUUUUACCUGCAAUCCUGACCAUGGUAUCAGGGAUCCUGUUCUAACGUAACAGGUGGUGGCCAGAUGGAUUGGCAAGAGAAACUCUGUGCAGGGGGAAAAAAGAAACAUUUAAAUUACCAUGUAAAUUCCACUGAAUUUUAUCUGAAGUAAAUUGUAUGUGUAUUUUUUUUUUUACUUCGUUUCCUUCUAAGUGUUGCAAAAACAGUGCCUUAAGGUCCAUAUUUCUAAGUUUCCUAUAACAUUGCUUUUAUAAGAUAGUAAUAAAAAAUGAUUUGACUUUUCCUUUCCAGCUUUUUAGGAUACUGCACAACAGGGCUGGAAACACUAUCGUUCCACCAUUUAGUCACUUCAAAUAUUCCUUUCAUUAGUUCUCAAAAUCACAAUUUGUGAUGCCCUAUGAAAUAUGUUGACAGAUUGACUCAGGAAUAUAUUGCAAAGGAGUUUCAUCAUGCCUUUUUCCCAACUCCACCAAUCCUUCAUCUUUCCAUGGUGUUGUUUAUAUUUUGGAAAAAAACUGGAAUACCUGUAAACAUUGAUUUAUAGCCUUAAUCAUUUGCAAUUUUACACAAGAGUAUCCCUCAGUUCUGUGGACACUGCAAAGUAUCAAGUUUUUGUUUUAAAUCCUUAUUGCAAUAUGUUCCUCCUUGGAAGGAGCCAUGUGCUUUGGUGAUUGGAAUUAUUAUCCCUGUGGAAACCAGUUGUAUAUGAUCUGAGCCAUGAUUUCAUAUAAUCAGCUAGGAGGAGGCUGUUCAGAAUAAAAUAAAACUACUGAAUAAUGUGCUUAAUAAUGGGUCAAUUUCUCUAUUUGCCUGGCGGGAAAAAAGGCUCAUCAGCUUGUUUAGUCUUACAGUCUUAGAUUAUAAAUAUUCAAGUGAUCUGAAAAUCCAUUAAAGUUUGCCUUGGAAUAAA